CGCCUGAGCUCUGCCUCCUCAAAAUUUCUAUGUUUUUUGAAAGCAAAAUAAACAAACACCCUUUUCAACUCCUCGCUCUCUCUGCACCACUCUCUUGGGAAGCGUACCUGCAGUACCCCAUUGGCCUCCAUUUCUCUCCCCUCUCUCUCUCUCUCUCUCUCUCUGUAGCCCAUGAAUCCCAAAACCCACAUCCCCAUUUUCUUCAUCGCCCUCAUUUUGACCCUAAACUCCAUUAAUGGCACCUUCACGCCUCAAGACAACUUCUUGCUCAACUGUGGAGGAAACUCCGCUCUCAAGCUUGAAGAUGGCAGGAUUUUUCAACCAGACAAAAACCCAGGUUCAUCUUCUUUUUUUCUUCUGACUCCAGCUUCACACAAUGUAGUCUAUAGUGAUACAAAGCCUUUGGAUCUCUAUGGAAGUGCUAGGGUAUUUACUCAAGCUACAGAUUACAGUUUCAAAAUCCAACAAAAGGGUAGGCAUUUCUUAAGGCUUCACUUCUACCCAGUUAGUAGUCCAAUCUAUAACCUCAAGGAUGCAACUUUUACGGUGGGCGCAAAUGGGUUCACGUUUCUUUAUGAUUUCUCCUAUUCAAAAUUGGGUCUUGACCAAUCUGUUGUGUUGAAGGAGUAUAUUGUGGAUUUGGGUUUGGAUUCAAAGCCAUUGGUUGUGAAUUUGGUUCCUUCUAGUGGUUCAAUUGCGUUUGUAAAUGGAAUAGAGGUGAUUUCUUUGCCUGAUCGAGUAUUUCCGGCGACGGGCUCUUCGAUUUCUGAAAAUGAACCAGUUGAGAUCUCUGGUAAUAUUGCUUUUGAGACCCUUCAUAGAAUUAACAUGGGAGGUCCAUAUGUAAGUUCUAAAAAUGAUGGCUUGUGGAGAGAUUGGAAGCCUGAUGGGAAAUUCUUGAUUAAUUCGGCUUCGGCGAUUGCUAUUUCAACUGAUCCUGAUUCAAUAAAGUACUCGUCUAGGGUUUCUGUAGAUACUGCACCAAAUUUGGUUUACGCAACUGCGCAAGAAAUGGCUGAUGCAAAUGUCGGAAACCAGAGGUUUAACAUAUCUUGGGUGUUUGAUGUGGAUUCAGGGUUCAGAUAUUUGAUUAGACUGCAUUUUUGCGACAUUUUGAGCCACAAUGUAGGAAACUUGCUCUUUAAUGUGUACAUCAAUAACCAAUCUGCUCUUAGUUCUUUCGAUAUCUCACACAAGGCUAAUGGGUUAUCAACUGCUUGUUUUGUGGAUUUCAUAGUGGAAGUUCAGAUAGAGAAGAUUCUGAUUCAGAUAGGUCCUCCUCAGAUAACAAGCUCCCUACCUAAUGCAAUCCUUAACGGUCUAGAGAUUUUGAAGUUUAGCAAUUCGAAAGGUAGUCUUGAUCGAUCUCAAGGGGAAAAUCCUAUUGGUGUCAAGGUGAAGAAGGAUAAGAAUAAAAAUAAUUUGUUGGCGAUUGUCAUUGUGUCUUUUUUGGGAGGAGCAAUUCUCCUGGCGAUCUUGAUUGCGGCUUUUGUACUGUAUUUUCGCCAUAGGAAGAAGACCCGAGAUGAAAGUGGAGGUUCAACAUGGUUACCAUCACCAAUGGCUGUUCAUACUCACACUGGCAACUCUGAAACUAAGAUAUCUCUUGGUAGCUUUGCUUCAUCAGGACCUUCUCUCUCUUUUAGUAGACUAUUGGCGUUCAUGGAGAUAAAAGAGGCAACAAAGAAUUUUGAUGAGAGCUUGGUUUUAGGUGUGGGUGGCUUCGGUAAAGUCUACAAAGGAGUACUCGAGAAUGGCCUCGUUGUGGCAGUUAAACGAGGAAACCCUGGAUCCCAGCAAGGACUAAUUGAGUUCAGGACGGAGAUUGAGAUGCUAUCAAAGCUUCGACACAGACACCUUGUUUCUCUUAUAGGCUUCUGUCACGAACCUAAUGAGAUGGUUCUCGUCUAUGAUUUCAUGGCUGGGGGUCCUCUCCGUAGACAUUUGUAUGGCUCGAAUCUCCCUUGUCUAUCAUGGAAACAAAGGCUCGAGAUCUGUAUUGGAGCUGCAAAGGGUCUUCAUUACCUUCACACUGGCGCUGAAGAGACAAUCAUCCAUCGAGAUGUUAAGACCACCAACAUUCUUCUCGAUGAGAAUCUAACUGCCAAAGUUUCUGAUUUCGGUUUGUCUAAGUUGGGUCCUACUGUAGAUCAGACCCACGUAAGUACCGCAGUUAAGGGAAGCUUCGGUUAUCUUGAUCCUGAAUACUUCAGAAGGCAGCAAUUGACAGAGAAAUCAGACGUGUACUCUUUUGGAGUUGUUCUAUUGGAGGUUUUGUGUGCCAGGCCAGCAAUCAAUCCAUCACUCCCAAGAGAACAGAUCAAUAUAGUGGAAUGGGCUAUGAGUUGGCAGAAAAAAGGUCAAUUGGAGCGAGCAAUUGAUCCCCAUCUUGUUGGCACAGUGAGUCUAAAUUCUUUGAGGAAGUUUGGCGAGGCUGCAGAGAAAUGCUUAGCUGAUUAUGGUGCAGAGAGGCCAACAAUGGGAGAUGUAUUGUGGAACUUGGAGUAUGCUCUUCAGCUUCAGGAGUCUUUUAUGAAGAAUGUUGGAGAUGAGAGUAGUAUGAAUGAGAUUAAGGAUAUUCCUGAUUGGAUUCAAGAAAUUGGGGACUCAAAUCAUGAUAGUUUUAGCGUUGUCAGCAGCGGAACGGAUGUGCCCACAAGUAGGGUGUUCUCACAGUUGAUGGAUCCAAGAGGAAGAUAGAAGUCAAUGAGGGUAAAUUUGAUUCUUUUUGUUUUUUUAUGGAAAGAUCUUUAUUCUUAAUUUCUUAUGAGUAGUCCCAUUGCCUUGAUGUAUAUUUUUGCUAAAACUGUCUGCUGCUUUUUAUACAUUUUAAUUUAUUAAAUGUUUAUGCAGCUGGGAUCAUACAUCCAUUAUGAUAUGGUAUUGCAAUGUUAUUUUGUGAUGAUCAUACAUAACCUUGUUCAUGCAAUUCUCGAAUUACAUA